AUGUCUACAAGCUUCAACAUGGCGUCGUUCCAGCGAACGCUAGCUACUGUCGCCGCUGCUGGGACUCGCACAACACCCUGCGUGCCUCUUAAGGAAUGCACAGCUCUUUCGAGGAGGGCGCUGCAUACCUCCGAAGCGAGUCGAGCUCAGCAAGCUUCCCCCAGCACAUCCAGCCCUUCCGGUCAGCGAUCGUCCUCUUUCGCCCAGCGCGACGCUCACGGUGGAGCUGCCCGAGCACGUUCAGCAGGCGGUCCAAGCUCAGGGGCAUACUCUAGCAAUCGAACCUUUCCCUCUUCCAACAGAUCAGGACCAGGUCGCAGAUUCGGACCUGGAGGAGCGAAUGGAAGGUUCUCGGGUGGAGCAGGCGGAAGAGCGAGAGAUUCCAGGAAACCUCGCGCUCCCAGAAGACUGCCGCCAUACGAGGAGUGGCUAAAAUCAGAAGAUGCAAAGAAGUGGAGACAGCCACCCUCUGACACUCGCGGGCCCUUCUGGAUCUCGGAUACAGUGAGCAAGCGUCUCAACGAAGAUGACCUCGUGUUAUGAGGUAAACGCUCGGCAGAUAUGCUGACGCAAGCCAUACCGCUUUUCUCACCUCGAAGCCCUUCCCACUCAACAAGACCUUUAACCCUUCUCCGCCAAUCGCAAGUCACAUCCGCGACGAGAUGUGGGCACAACAUCAGGCUUCGCCACGGGACACGGGAUCAGCUCGAGAAAUAAGCUCUCGCUUCGGCGUAUCCAUCGAGCGCGUCGAAGCCGUGCUCCGUCUCUGUGCGCUCGAAAGAGAAUUCACUGCUCAUGUGAGUGGAGCUCAAGUGCUGCCUCGAGACGUGGCGAAGUGUGGAACGAAGAAAGGGAAGGCAAGGCGUGGCACAUUGAUGAGACUUUUUACGAUUAGUCUUGAAGACGCACAUUUUACGUGGUUAUAAAUUAGCCUUUGAACACUCUGAGCGGAACGCGGGUUUCCAAGUAAUAAAUGCCGGGAUCACGAAGGAGGAACUGCACAGCGGCUCUGAGCUGUUAGCAAAUCACCGCGCAAAGGAGCCACGGAGGUGUCUUUCGCGCAGCAAGCACGUCGAUGCUGACCGAGUCUUCUCCAUUUGCUGCUUUUGGCAUGCAUCGCGCCACAGGGUCAACCUCUACAGACGCACUUCGCAGCCUCAAUGGAACAAAUCCUGGGGUCUGCUGCUAAACCUGCCAAGCUUCGCUUGCAGGAGCGCGCAGCUGCAGCAGAAUCGGGAGAGGGGAGCGAUGCGUCCCAAUUGGAAUUCCGCUCGCCUGUCCUCUCGCCCCUUUAUAAGGCUCAGAGCAACAAGGGCGGUGCGGAUGGCAGGAGGCUCGAGCCGAAUCAAGCCAUCGAUGAGGAUGUUCCUGUGGACUCGAAUCCUAAUUCGAAUGCCGUGCUGGAGAUUAGAGGACCUUAUCGUGAGAUGGUCGACGAGGGCACCGAUGUGAGUUCACAACGCGACGCUGGUAUAUUUUGCACAGAUUCCGAAGUUGACAUACUUUCUAUGUUGUGCGCUCUCCUUUCACGCUCCCAACAGCCCCCAGAGGUGCUCAGGCCUGCUUUGGAGGCUGCCACGCAGGAGCGACAAGCACAGAUCAGCGCGCUGCCCUCAUCCAAGCCCGAGUACAUUCGCGAUCGCGAGACUGGAGAACUACAGCAAGUCUCUUCCGUUCCGCUCUCGCUCGACGAGCAGCGAGCCUUCAAGGGUCGAUCCUUGAAGGUGGUGAAUGUGGGCAGCAAGUCUUAUCGGGGUGCGGGCACUGUGGAAAGGAAUAGGAGGAGGGCGGAGAGGCGAAGCAGAUUGAGAGCUGUGCUUAGACUUAAGAGGGCUAGAAAGAUGGACAAGGCGGAAAUGAGGAGAGUCGAGAGGGCAAUGUUUCUCGCUGAACGCAAAUUUUCAGGUCAAAAGGACAGUGAACAAGCUGGAAGCCAUGAAGAAGGUGAUCGAGGAACGGUCGGCCAAGCCUGA